GCCAGUCGUACGCCGCCAGACAACCAUUGCCAAAGCCCAAGAAACGCUUUCCGCUAAGCAAACAGUCAUGCGCGCCCCAGAGGACCUACUGCAUGGUUGAUUUUACUCAUUAUUUGUUUGUUGGAAAGCACGGGACACUGCACCAUAACAGGGGCAUUGGCUGCCGAGCACCUGAUUGACAUGCGAGCGUCUCAAACGAUAAGAGUGUGCAAAUCGCGGUAGGCGGAAGCCUUUGCACCCCUCCACUCAUCUCAUCUCCUCUGCCCUCAGGAAUAAGAUCCCUCCCGCAUUCUAACGUUCUUGUCCGUCAAAUCAAAUGGUGGAACCACAAACCCCUCAUCGCGCUCCAAUGCAUAAACCUCCCAGCAUGAGGCGAUCCCCCCGCCUCGCGGGCCUAUGUCCCGGCAAGACAUACGCGGGAGAGGAUGUCGAGCGAGAGCGCCGGUCGCGGACCAAGUUCCAGCCUGAGCUGGUGGCGUUCCAUAAGUCUCUCCGUCUCUCGGGGCUCAACGGGCACGACAUCCAAGCCUAUCGCGGUCGUGGACUCGUACACUGGCACCCUGAACUCUACCAAGAGUGGAACGAUACGUGCGAGGAUAAGCAGAAGCUGCGUGCCCAGUGGAAGUUCAUUCGGCGCAGGAUGACGGCUGCUGAAAGCCUGGAGAUGCAAAAUGCUCGUGGCGAGCUACAAGAGCAGAAGAAACGCGAGGCAUUCCAAGCGAACUUGAACAGGAUCGGAGAAGACCUCGAGAAGGCCAUUCGUAAGACCACACUGGACCGCCAGACGGCGACGUACAUGGCUCGCGAAACUAUCGACAUCACUAUCGACAACAAUGAGCUUUGAUCGGCAUGGCCCGGGGAGCCGAUGAGGCGCCGGACAGCACGACGUCGUUCGUCAUCGCCAAGGCAGGCUCGACAUUACAUUUCAUGGCAUGAACACCAUUCACGGUUAAGGCAUUGGGGGAGUAGGUCCCGGUCUGUAUCACAUCUUGCUGCGGACGUCUUUGAUAUCUCAUAG